UGGUUGUGAGCGGAUGAGGACUGUACGUGCGUCCUCCGUGGCUGAUCAAUGUUAGUGCCUCGCUUCUAUUACACUUUUGAAGAUGUUUCCACCAGUUGUCAUGUGUUUUUGGUGAUGAAUCAGCAGUGAUGACUUUGUGAAGGAAAAAGUGAAAAAAAAUAUAAAUAAACAAACAGAUGCACAAGGCACAGGAAAGAAAAGGAAAAAGAAGUGUGAUUGCAGUGGGGCUAGAAAAAAAAAUCUUGCUCAGAUGAAGAAAAAAUAUUUAUAAUUCGUGUGUAACCAAAAGGAAAAUUACAACUGUCGAUGGAAUGUACAAUCCUAAAAUUGUGUAAAAAAAUAUAUAUUCGUGAUCUUACGGCACUUCAAACGUACAUGAAGCACCGGAAAGAUAUUUAAAUUUUUUAGCCCCGCGUCCACUGUCUCUCGGUCUUUGGUCAAACCAGUGAAAAAGUUGGCUCGCAGAGAGGGAAAAAAAGAGAGAGAGAAACACAGUUUUUUUUUCCUUUUUGAAAUGGUAUUUGGAGAAAUCGGAUUCUAGUUUAAAAUAAAAAUAAAUAAAUAAAGAGAAAAGUAUAGUUGGUAACGGUGCGACGCAUAAAAUCCAAUUAAUAAGAUUUGGAUUAGGGAGGCAAAGGCAGCUGGAUUCGAGUCCCCCUCACCCCCCCAUCGCGCGGGUAUUCGUCCUCCCAACAGCUGUUCGCGCGUCAACGGAGCGUGCGGCCGAGACAGUGAAUUAUUACCGACUGAAGCUUCGAAACGCCGUCCCCCUCCCUCCUCCCCUGCCUGUAACCCCCCCCACCCAGUAACCCCUCCUUAUCCUACCCCUUAUUUUGAUUCAUUUUUUUGCGUAUUCCUCGAUUGAGGAUUUGUGAUUGCCCCCCCCUCCCCCCACUCUCCACGUCCCUCGAGCUUCGUCGUCGCCGUCGUCACCUCUUCCCAAGUUCAUCCUCGUCGUCUUUUUCGUCGUUUCAUUAUGAAGAGAUGGUGUCCUUGACGAGCAUAUGGCAAGUGUGGGAGAGCCAAUCGACGCAUUCCCUGGAGAGAGUCCUGCAGCAGGUCACCACAGUCCAGGAAGAGGAACAAGUGGUCAUCGCCAGCGCCACCCCCCCCUCCACCUCUCCGACACACUCCCCGCCUCCGCCGCCCACCCAGUCCCCCCUGCUCCCCCCGCUCGCCAGUUCUUCCCCGCUCCCGUCUACGACCCUCUUCCCGUCGCCGCUCCCGCCCCUGGAAGCCCCGUCGGCCAGGACGUCGGUGGUGGAGUACGACGCGCCGGUGCUGUCGCCAGCCACCCCAGCAGCGCCGCCGACGACGGUAGGAACAUGUUGAUGACGCAGGCACUUGCCGGCCCGAGCGGCGGCGGCGUCGGAGGCGCUGCUGCUGCCGCGGCGGCAGGGAGUGGAGGCGGACUCCCCCACGAGGACUCCACCAACUUUAACACCCUCUCCACCUCUUCCUCCUCCAACACCAACACCACGGCUUCCUCCUCCUCGGGGGCCUCCCACAGGGGCGGCGGCCUUCUCUCUCCAAUUCUAGACCUGCUAGAGCUGGAUUGCAAUGGUGGAGGGUCCGGGGCUGACGAUAACUACCAGACUGGCAGUGGGGAUGGGUCGGAGUGCGAGCCGUGCCACAUUCAGCUGGAUGAGCGACUGGUCAAGACGUACCCCAUCUGGUUCCUGCCUGACCUCCAGCGCUCGGGGGCCGUGCACCUCCUGCAGGGCAAAGACGAAGGGAACUUCAUCGUCCGCCAGAGCAGCAAGCCAGACACCCUGGCGCUGAGCGUGCGCCUCCCGCAGGACAAGGGGCCCUACAUCCAGCACUACCUCAUCGAGAUCCACAACCAGGCCACGUAUUCGCUCGAGGCCUCGGAGAACCGGUUCGAUACCCCGCCGGCCCUCAUCGCCUACUAUUCGCAGUGCUGUGACGAGUUGCCAGUCCAGCUGAAGUUGCCGCGCGCCGUGCAGGAGGCCAGGACGCGGCACGAGCUGGCAUCCCUGGCGCUCCUGGGCCAAGAGUUCUGGGACACGCCGAUGGCCAGCCCAACCGCCAACACCCCGACCGCCGACGCCCCUCGCAGUGUGGCGCCCACGCCCUCGCCACGCCCACAUGACCUCUCCUUCAGCAGCUUCGGUAAGGGCGGCGUGACGCGGGGGAUCUCGUCGUCCAGCCUCCUCUCGCCCAACGCGCAGGCGCUGUGCGGCGCGUCACUCGCGGGCUCCCUGGCGGGCUCCAUCGGCGGCUCCACCUCCUCGCUGACCCCCAUGCGCCCGGCGCUCCCCGUCCCCUCCCCCGGCGACCGCUCCUCCCUCAACCUCAACCUGGCGCCGCUCGAGGAGAUCCUCAAGGAGCAGCCCAGCCUCUCGUCGUUCCGCUCGCAGCCGGCCACGCCCGUGACGCCGCUCAAGCCGGGCACGCCGGGCACGAAGCCGAUGCCGCCGCCGCGCUCCAGCCCGCCCGGGACGCAGCGCCACGGCCACGCCAGCCCCCCGGGCUCCUACAGGCCCUCCGCCAAGCCCACGCCGCCCACCAGGCUCAGCCCGCCGAUGAUGGGCGACGCUGGGACGCCGUCGAGCGAGAACGGGGACAUGACGCCGCGCGGGGGUCAGGCGCCGGUGCCGCCCCCCCGGUGGGCGCGGCCGAGCAUCACCUCCACCUCGUCGUCCAACAUCACCGUCACGACUACGCUCACCCUCAACGUGAACCAGGUGAAGGCGCUGCCGGUGCAGAUCGGGGAGGACGGCCAGCAGGGCAUGAGCGUGCACGUGGCCAGCCUGGAGAUCUCCCCGACGGGCAGCAACGCCUCGCAGCCGUACAUCACCACGUCGCCCAACGGCAACCAGAGCGGCACCCUGAACGGCCACCGCGACGCGCUGCACCUGCAGAUCCGCCAGCAGAUCACCUCGCCGCAGAGCACGCCGUGCACGCCGUGCGCCCCGAGCACGCCCCUGGGCGAGGAGGCGCCGGGCAUGCCGCGCGUGCGCCUCCGCAGCGGAAGGCGCGACCGUCGCCGCCUCUCGAACCACUACCAUGAGGCCAACAUCGUGGAGAACAACGCGCCGUACUGCCGCUCGUCUCUCGCCGACAAGAUCAGCGACUACGAGGACCUGUGGUCGAGUCCGCCCCGCGAGCUGCCUCCCACGCCGACGUCCGCGCAGCCCAAGAUGUCCACCUUCAAGCCGCGGAACGAAAUUUCCAAGUCCAUGGGUGAUUUGAGCGAAAUAUCCAAAAACACAAAACCGGUGACGUUCCCGUACGAUCCGGAGAACAAGAAGGAGGAGGAGAGCUUUUACGACAACGGGAAGCUGAACGGCACCAGCACGGAUUCCGUGAAUUCUUAUCGCAAGAACCCGAGUCCGUUCUACAUGGAGCCGGCCGACGCGCUCCGGGAGCAGCAGCCGCAGGCGAGGAUCAAUAAGGCCUCCAACAAGUCCACCAGAAAAAUAACGAACAGAUACUCGGACUCCAACAUCCAGUGGAAGUCUCGCAAGAGCCGCAACUCGCUCAGCAAAAUCGACUCCAAUGAAGAUCUGCCCCUGUCUUCCAGCAUCGAGAACUUGGAGAAUGGGAAGAACCUGGAGGCAGUCAACGAAAACGUAGAGGUGGAGAAGAACCGCAACCUGGAGGUGGAGAAGAACGAGGUGAACGCAGGCCACUUGAUCAACGGCCAGGCCCGCAACGACGUCCGCCGCCACUCCCGGGCAGGCGGCCGCGGGAAGCCCAUCGCUCCGCCGAGAAUCGGCAGGGACGCCAUGACGCCCAACGGCGAGCGCACUCCUGAGGCGCCCUGGCGGGUGGAUUCCUCGUGGGAAUACCUCGGCGUGGGCUCCGACGACGAAGACGCCCCAGGAGGCGAAGGUCGAUUCCCUGUCGGUGACACGGGUGGGGAGUCGGACAGCGUCAUCAUCCCAGGCGAACGCACCGUGCAGGAUCUGAUAUCAGAGAAACUCCCCGAUCUGACAUUAUUAGAUGACCAGUCUCUGGCCCCAAGCUACACAACCCGCGUCAGCGAAUACGACAAUGUUGGAAGCCAUGCCAGUACAAAGAGUGAAGAUCGCCACCAGCAGCAGAAACCCCUUUCUCAGCAACAGCCGCAGCAGCAACACAGGCCUGUCCGUAGCAUUCCUCCAGAAGAGCGGCUGCAGCCUCCUCUUCCGACUCACUACUUCGCCUCGACCGUAAGCGACUCGGGAACCGAAUUCUCCGAGCCUUGGGAUUCCCGGAAGUGGGAGUCAAUCAUGCACUCCGAAGACGACUCCUCGGUCGACCAGUUCCCACGCAGUCCAACCUGCACGCCGGCGCUGCAACCACCAGAGGACUCGGACAUCGGUGGCGGGGGGAUCACAGACACAGAAUCCAUCGUCCACAUCACGGGAGAACCAGCUGUCAUCAGCGACGAUGACACGACCUCUGUGUCGGGAGUGCCGACCCUCUCCCUCGCCCACGCCCACAACAUGGACACUCACCUACGAUCAAGAAUAAUGUCGCCUCAGCUGCUUGCCUUGAGACACCGUCAAGAUGCCGAGAAUGGGGUAGCCAUCAAGGAUUAUGCCAUUGGUCUUGGGAGUGACACCUCAACCACCUUCAGCAGAGCAGUCAGUAACUUCAUCACCUGCACUCUCGAGAGCCCUGAACGUGAUCCCACUGUGGUGACUCGUAAUGUUCGCCAGUUCAUGUCCGGCAUGAAGAAUUACCUCGUCACAAGUGGGGAGAAGGAAUUCGAAGCCAUUGUUAAGAAGGAGCGAAGUAAUCUGAAAGCCACAGAAUUCCUGAAUCUAGAUGCCAUAUUGGAAGACGUGUUAGUAAGGCUAGUUUUACGGCCUCUGUGGGAUCACAUCAACAAGCUGUUUGUUGAGACUUAUUCAGCAAACGGCUCAAUUCAGCUGCUGGCUACAAAUAUGAAAUAUGCAAGGUCACAGCAUUACGUUCGCCUCGGGAUAAGGCCUGAAUUAUCACCACCUUGCGGGAGAGCCCUUGAGACUAUCCGUGGCUUGUUGACAAGGAUGCAGAGAGUGUAUGCACCAAGAGAGAAGUUGGAAUACUUGUUAGCCACAAUAUCACAUAUUUACCAAGCAAUGUAUGAAAACCGAGAUGCACGUGUGUCUGGAGAUGCUGAUGACCUUGUCCCCAUGAUCAAGUGGGUCCUGAGUCAGUCUGGCCUCGUCUCUGCCGAAGUAGAGGCUGAGUACAUGACGCUCCUUCUUCCUAAUGCCUCUUCAGGGGAAGCUUCGUAUUACCUACAGGCAUUCCACUCAGCCAUUCACGCUCUCAAAAACUUCACGCCUUCGCCAGAGUCAUCACCUGGAAACAGUCUCGAUUCUGUUAAACAGGUAGAUUAUGCUCAUCAGGAUUUGUCUGUAGUAUCAGAUGAAGGUGUAAUGAAGAUUGUAAUCCCAGAUGAGAAAAAUGGCAGUAUAGUAACCCGCACGUUGCCCAUACGCCCGGGUACAACUACACGUGAAGUGUGCAAGAUGAUGGCACACAAGCUGCGAGUCACAAAUCCACAAGACUAUGGCCUUUAUAAACUGGUAGAUGGAUUAGAGAGUUUGCUGGCUGACAAUGAAUGUCCACACAAGGUGAAGUCGGAUCUGACCACACAUGGCUUUCACUGUACUUUCGCCUUCAAACGGAUUGAUGCCAAGAUUGCGUGGCCCUUUCUCUCGUGAUUGACCAUAGGACGUGUUCUCGGAAAAUAAACCAAGAAGGGAAAUGCAGUCAUAUCAAAAGUGAAGAACCAGAGAUGAUGUAAUUACUCAUGAUUUUACUGGCAUUUUUGUAUCAGCAGUGGCAAAGAAAAUAGGGCAAAAAAGAAAGAUAUACUACAGUAAGCUAAGCAUAUUUCAGAGGUCACUUAUUGAAAGUAUUUAUAUUGUAUAUUUGAUUGAUUAUGUGAUGUACUUAUGAAGCCAUUAACACAUCCAAGUAACACAUGAAGGGCAUUCAACAGGGACAAUAUACUGAAACUUCAAAAAUGCUGCUUGUAAUAGUUUUGGAAAUUGGAUGUGUGUAAUAGUUAGUUUCAACAUUAAUAUGAUACACGUCAUAUACAUAUUACAUCUCUGAGAUUUCUUGUUGUGUCGUAAAUUGUAAUUUUGUAACUUUCAUAUAAUAAUUUUUUUUUCCCCAUGGUUAAUAUUGCCUCACUUUCUCAAGACAUAAGUAUGUGUAAAUAUAGCAUGUUAAAACUGUCUUCAGGAUAGGUAUGUGCAGUAGAUCCAUGGCAACUUUGUUUAUGGUGUUUAAUUUCUUUUGAAGAUGGCUCUUUUUCUCUCCUUUGUUAAGUGGCCUCUAAAAUGAAAGAAAGUAUAAUGAAAUCAUUACUUGAUUUCUGUUUCAAAAAGAAGGAAGAAAUAGAAUAUGUUUUAACUUUAUGAAAGGUAUGUCACUCAGUGAAGGGUGCAUAAUGUAUAACAUGAAUCUGAAAGUUCAGUUUUUAAGACCUAAAGAUACAUAGCAAAUUUAUGAUAAUCAAAAACAAGAAAAGAAAGAAAGAAAGAAAAUCUCGGAGAGUGUGAAAUGAGAUCGACGUCCCGGUGGAAGCCACGUGAGCAGCAGGUGAAUGGCUGGAAGGUGCAAGGAGGAGAACAAGGUCCUUAAAUAUCCUUGGAUGUAAAUCUCUGAUGUGUAAAGACUAUGGAAGAGUAAUAGUGAUGUGCAUUUAUUAAUAUUGUAUUUGUAUAAUGACAUUUUUUCUUGAUACUUCUUUGAAUGUAAAUAUGUUAAUAUAUGUCACAUAUGUGUUUUUUGGAAUCUCAUCACUUUCUUUUUUUAGUUAUUAAAGCCAAAGUAUACUUCUUGAUCUGGCAGAAACAUUUAUUAGGCAAAUAAGGUGACUAAGCAAUUAUUUUUCAUUUUCUCUCCACUAUUCAGACAUUGAAUUUUUUUUUUCCUGUGUCCAUAGCCAUUAUUCCUUUCACCAAUAUCAUUGUACUGAUUUUUAAUACAGAUCUUCAGUAUUGGUAAGAAAAAAGAUACAAUCAUGGAAGCCAAUAUUGAGAUAAAAAAGUACAUACAAUUUUUUUUUUCUUAUGAUAAUAUGGCUAGAUAAGGGUCGUUGUAUAUGAAAAGGAUAACUUAAAAUAUUAUUUGUGCACUGUGUGUUGUUUAUCAUCUUUUUCUUUAUCUUCACACAGACUUUCCCUUCCUAUUUUUUCAGUCUUUAUUUUCACCCUCUUCUUCUUCUACUUCCUCUUCUUCUUUGUCUUCUUCUAGACAUAGGAAUAUUCCAGUUAAUAAAAAGAGAGGAAGUUCACACAAAAAAAGGAUUCUGCAGCUCUCAGUUAGAAACAAAGAAAUUAGAACCCAUUCCUCAGCCACAGGGGAAGUUGGUUCUUAGUUGCUCCCGAGAUCUUCAGUUGCUGUUUCACAUAACCCUUGAUGAUAGGCCUUAGUUUUGCUCAAGGUGGUAGCUGUAGGUCUGUGUUGUGGUAAUGAUAAGAACUGGUAGGCUAGGCAACAGCUUGUAAUGGAUAUCUCAGUCUUACCAAUUUGAAUGUACAUAUUAGCAGAUGGUGAGAGGGAAGCUUUCUUAACCAUUAUAUUUAUAUACAUUUCACAUUAAUAUGUUUUGGAGAGAAGAAAAAAAAAAAAUGAUGCAAGAUCUUAACUUUUAACAGAAUUUAACACUUAUUUGAUAAUGCUUCCCCCGAACUGAUCAAGAAUAUAUUGUGACACAGUGGGUGAACCCCCUAAUGUACUCAAGCAUACGUAUUGCCACAAAAUGACCUCGUAUCAUGUAUACAGUGCCAUUCACAUUUUUUAACUUUUGUGCUGGAUUAUUAGGCACACAGCAUUUACCACCAGGGAUUUUGGUCUUUUUUUCUAUAAGCUGCAGAGGAUGAUUUUCUACUUUUAUAAUAAACUCUAACCAUAUCACACUCAGUGUAGUUUAGAGAGGGACACUGAUAUUAUGUGUAAGAUUCACCAGUCUUCUUGUAUAUAGUCCAGUUUCUUUGCAAAUAAUGCUGAAUGGCUGUGUUACAGUUGGUGUAAGGGUAACCCGUAUUAUUGAUUUCGAAUCUCUUAUUGUAUAUUGUGUAUGUGAUAAUUGGGGUCUUCAUAUUUUUGUAUUAUUGUUUAGAGUAUUUUAAUGACAAAAUUACCAACUAAAUGGUUCAGAUUUGAUAAUCAAAGUUUCCCAAAUACUUGAAAGCAAAAGGAAUCAAAAAUACGGGUAACCAUGUUUGUGUACAAUGUCUAGUCAUUGCUUGGUAACUGUAGUUGCAUUAAAGCUUUUUAUAUACUAAUAUCAAACAUUAUUAAACCUAUUUCCAGAUCUUGUGAAUGAAAAUGUGCCGGUAUAUUGGAAUUCAUGAUGUGAUUAAAAUGUUCUAAAGUGUCUAUAGUUAAUAAAAAUGCUCACUGAUGGAAAA